AUGGCGCGCGCGCUCGAGGAACGCGCGCCGUCGCCCCACGCGAAGCGCGCGCGCGUCGACGAAGACGCGCCCGCGCCCCCGCCCGAACCCGCGCCCGCCGACGACGCGCGCGCCGACGCGCCGCCGUCGAACGAGGAGGACGAAGACGAGCGGGAAGAUAAUUCCGCCGUGGACGCGACGACGACCGUAACACCUGGAAAUUAUGCCAAAGAAGAAGACGAAGACGGCAUGAUGUCCGCGUCCACCGACGACGACGACGACUCGCACGACGACGACGACGACGAAGCGCGCGCGCCGCCGGUGCCUCCCUCCGAGAUCCAUCCCCCCGCGGGAGCGCAAACCGACGCGCGAGCGCCGGACGCGGGAGGAGCGGCGUCGGCGAAGCCGCGUCGCGGGAGGCCUCCGAUCGUGACGCAGAUGAACGCCGCGUCGACGCUCUCGAGGCUCUCCGCGCAGCAGCUCGGGCUCGCGGCCGAGGCGAGGUUGGGGCCGAAAUGCCAAGAAGACUCGGCGCUCAUGGGCGUCGGAAAGAGCGGACAGCCGAUCCGAACGUCCAAGUACCGCGGCGUGCGAUACCGCAAAAACACCGGACCGCGGCCGUGGCAGGCGCACCACCGGAACAAGCACAUCGGGUGCUACGCGACCGAGGUCGAGGCUGCGCACGCGUACAUGCGCUCCGCGGGAAUCACCGAACCUAUCAUGCGCGGGUACCGCAAGCGCGACCGGAAAGGGAGCGUGUCGAAGAAGACGCGCAGGGAGGCGCUGACGCUCGCCGCCGAGCGCGACGCCGCCGACGCGCUCGGCGGCGGGUUUCAACAAGUCCAUGGCAUCAGAGGCGCCGACGGCGUCGACCCGAACGGCGAGCGCGCGGCGCGAAUCGCGGCGAUCCAGAGCAUCGCCGCCGGCGCGGGCGGCGACACGGCCGUGAUGCGCGCGAUGAACCGCGCGCGCGAGGUGGCCGCCGUGAACAGCGGCUACGCGAACGCCGUCGCGGGGCCCCCCGGGCAUUGGAGCGGCGGCGGCGGCAAUGCGAGCCAGGCCGCGCUCGCCGCGCACCGGCUGCAGAUCGCGCGGCAGAUGCUCGGCGGCGGCGAAGUCAGCGCGCUGCAGCGCGCGCAAGUCGCGGCGUUGCUCGCGGCGGCGCCGAACAACGCCGGCGCGUCCGGCGUCCAUCAACUCGCGGGCGGCGGCGCCGCCGCCGCCGCCGGGGCGGGAACCGGCUUCGAUGCGAACGCGAUCCAAGCGUUGCUCGAGUCGGCGGCGCGCGCGCCGGCGGGAGUCUCCGGAGUGGGGGCAGGAGGGAUGGACGCGAUGCUGGCGCAGCGGGCGUACCAGGACCACCUGGACGCGAAGAUUCGCGCGCUCGAGAUUCAAGCCGAGCUGGAGAAGACGCGCGCGAUGCGUUCCGAGUUGGCGUAUCGCUUGUCGUUGAUGCAGGAUCAAGCCCAGGGGCCCGCGUCGUUCGCGGGCGGCGGGGGGUUACAGUGA